GCGGCCCCGGCGGAGGCGGCCAAGGACGGCCCCUCGGCCGGCGGUUGGCUCGGCGGGAAGCCCAUGCUAAUGAGCCCGCGGGUUUAUUGCACCUGCCCGGUCGGCUCGCUUCGCCGGGACUCUCCGCUCGCCAUGCCGCGCUCCUUCUUGGUCAAGAAGCCCUCCAGCACUCGCGUCCCCAACUACGGCCAGCUGGAGACGCGCCGCCAAGGUAAGGAAGGGCGAAGUGGUUUGCGCCCAGGGCGCACGGCGCGCUUUGGAAAGCUGAGCGGCAGUAAGCGCGCUGCCCACGACGGGUCCUUCCAGCUUUCCCUUCUCGCAGCUCUCCUCGAGCGCUUUUCCUUGCCCCGACUCCCUGCCCCGGUCUAUAGAGCGGGCCGUCUCCCUUCCCUCUCCACAUUUUUAUCUCCGACCGGUUUCCUUUUGCGCUUCAAACUCCCGAGCGGCGCGCUCUUGCGCUUGUUUACUCAGAAGGAAGCUCCGCAGGGGCUUUGUCCCAAUUAUGCCCGCCUAGGGUUGCGUGAUGGGGAUGGGUUUUUAGAGUCCCUUUUGCUGCUUGAAGUGCGCUUGGAAAUAGAAAACUAACUUGCAGCACAAGCCUAUACGUGUCUGCUCGGAAGUAAGUUCCUUUGCGCUCAAUGGCGUUGACUCUCUAGUAAGUGUGUUUCGGACUGUGGCCUUCGUUUUUACCCGGCUGCUUUUUUCUUAGCGUGCUGGGGAGGGGGCCCGCGCGCGGAUUUUAAAAGGGGUUUAUUUCCCCUCACCCACCCCAUCUGAGUUCUCAAGUAUAAUAAAUACGUUCGGUGUUUUUUUUGGUUUUUUUAAAAAAAGUUCAUCUAGCAGCGAUUAUUUCUGCAUUCUAUCUCACAUUUCUAUGUAUGCAAUUGCCGUUAUUCCUUGUCGAAUGCAAAAUGCCCAUAGGCAGCUUGGAAGAAAAAUAGACAGUUUUUAAAAUAAGAGGAAUGAAACAUCGUAGGCCAAACAUUAACAACCAGACCUCACUCAACAAGAAAGCCUGAAUAAAUGCAACAUUUAGGUUCAGAAAGAGGAAUCUAAACCUACGAAAGCCAACAGUGGAGAGAAUAUAUUAACUCCAGGACACUAAAAAGUGUUUCUGCUGUAAAUACUGUUAAACUGCUAAGAUUAUUUUUAAAAGAAAAUGGGUGGGGAGUGCCUAAUAUUUGCACAGCCCCAGAAAUCCAUAGAGUGGAUGCCAGGGCAAAAGGAGGUUUUCCUUCUCACUGCCAGACACACUUCAGUACAUGAUUAUAUGAGAAUGUCUACUUGGUGAGUUUUGGAGUCAUUUAUCCUGUACCUUUGUCACAUCAAAAUAGCUUCCCUGGGUGUGUGGUGUAGUUGACUACGUGGUGUCAAAAGUUUCCACACAGUUAGUGGCACCUAUUGGCAACUGAACAUGCUGUGGUGUGCAUAAAUAAGACGCAUGGAAAGGCGGGGGCACCAUGUCACAGCAUUGGUGUGAAAAACCUGUUGUGCUGUCAUAGGGUGGGGUGGGGGGUGUUCUCAGUGUCCUCCUUGUGGUAAAGUGUGAUGUGUAAAAGGUGGCCUGGAGGGUAGAUUUCACUCAAACAGCAACUUUUCCAGGUUAGGUAGCCAGGGUCCCUCUACCCUUGCACUGAACCCUUUUGUACACAGAUAAAGAAUGCCAAGAUUAGGAGGUGGCAUGCAGAUAUUUUAAAAAUGCCAAGUGUUGCCUCUUUGGGACAGGAUAGUAUUUGCUUUACGGUAUUCAUAAGGGUGAGCUCAAUAAUAAUCUCGUGAGCAUCUUGGCGAAGAGGUUUUUGAGGAACAAUGGCUGCUUUUUAUUUACUUGUUUUGUGUGUCUCCCCCCAGAAUCCAGUGGAUUGUGCCACUCCUGGAGAGGGGCAGCAUUCCCCGUCCUCAGUCAAGAUGGCACGCCUUGUCCGGCAGCCCCCUAUGAAGCUGGUAGCCUCUGGGACCACAGUUCUGCCAUUGCCUGCCUGUCCCCACCUCUCCCACAGAGCAGUGAAGCCAAAGGGGAGCCCACAUCGAGCUCCCAAGUGGGUUCUGGGAGCAGCCCUGGAGGCAGCUGGGGCUCUGCCACCCCUCUGCGUGAUAACCAGAACAACCUCAAUCUCCCGUUGGCAUUCAGCCUGUUCCAAAGGAGGACUCCCAACCUGGGCAGCCCAGCAGAGGGAAAUGGAGACAAACUGCAGGGGCCACAAGGCAUAGCUGCCGACCCCCUGGAGACGUUUGAGUGUCCAGACUGCCGCAAGGCCUACAGCACCUUCUCAGGCCUGGCCCGACACAGGCAGCAGCGCUGCAAGCUGCAGGCAACCACGGCAAGGAAGUAUUUCAACUGCAAGCACUGCGACAAGGAGUACGCCAGCCUGGGCGCCCUCAAGAUGCACAUCCGCACCCACACGCUGCCUUGCAUGUGCAAGAUCUGCGGUAAAGCCUUCUCCCGGCCCUGGCUGCUGCAGGGGCAUAUCCGGACACACACAGGUAGGGGGUGACCUUGAGGAAGGGGGCAAAUGUGCAUGGAAAAGAAAGGAGAGCAAGUGGGGGGAGGUUUGGAGAACACUUGCAUUUUGGUGUGGCUGGGGGGGACUGUUGGGCCCUCACACUCUGCUGUGAUAAAUGUUGCCUCUGAUGUUGGUGCAAGGAGUUUCUAUUUAUUUCUUCUAUUUGCUGUUUAUUAUUUACCCUACCCUAGGGCAGCACGCAGAUACACUAUUUAAGAACAAAGCAGAAAGAUUCUACAACAGUUGAAACAUUCUGAAAACAAUUAAAAUUAAAAAUAGUUUCAGUUAAAAACAUUUUCCAAAAGCAAUUGCCGUUAAAGACAUUAUUCCAUCCAACGAUCACAAGGUUGCCAGGAAUACUAUUUUUCAGCCUGCAAAUGCCUUGGUAUGUUUUCAAAUUCUUCCUGAAGUUAGUAAUGAUGGAGACAAGCGUACUUUACUAGGGAGGACAUUCUACAACUGGGGAACCAUCACUGAAAAGACCCUGUCAUGGGUCAAUGCCAACUGGGCAUCCUCACCUGCCAGUUGUAGGACCCAAGUUGGCUGGCACUGUAUAUAGGCCACCCUUUCCCCCAUUUUAUCCUCCCAAUAACCCUGUAUGGAAGGCAAGAGUGAGUUGGUCAGUGACCCAAGCUCAUCCAAUGAACUUCACUAGGUCUCCCCUGUCCUAGCCUGAGAUUCUAACCAUUUCACCAGCCUUCUCUUGAAAUGCACUCUGCACAUGUUCAGAGAGGCACUCAUCUUGUUAAGUCACCUGAACCAGCGCUCAGCUCUGGAUUUGUAAAUGGGUUCUGGGCCUAAGCUGGAGUGAACCUCAACCUUAAUUAAGCUCUGACUUAAUUGGGAUGGAUAACUCGGGAUUUUUUUUAUAGCAUUGUCCACCUAUUUUCUCAGUGUGCAAGUGGAAUUUGCUAUACAAAGAAACAUGUACAAGAGCCUUUGACUCACUGUUUUUAAAAAUUCCUGUUAAAUCAGAGUACCUCUGAAUACCAGUUGCUGGGAGAACAAACCACAACUGCAAGCUGUUGCUACCAGGACUUGCUUUGUCCCUCCACCACCCUCCACCACCUGGCUGGCUACUUCUGGGAACAGACUGUUAGGCUGGAGGGUCCUUUGCUCUGAUCCAGCAGGGCCCUUUCAUGAUUCACUGGGCAGAAGUGUAUAAAGGGGAAAGGUCACUCAAGAGCAGCUGAGAACUGUUAUGCUGGAGGGAACCUCAUUCCAAUCCAGCUGAGCCCGUCAGAUGUUUUUAUGUAAAUACUGCGUCAGACUUGCAUGAAUAACUCCAGUGUAGGGCAUUGCCACUGAAGUUGUUCGCAAGCUACAACUGAACAGCUGUGAGCCAGUGUGGCGUAGUGGUUAGAGUGUUGGGCUAAGAUCUGGGAGACCAGGGUUCAAAUCCCCACUCAGCUAUGAAGCUCACUGGGUGACCUUGGGCCAGUCACUGUCUCUCAGCCUAAGCUGCCUCACAGGGUGGUUCUUUUGAGGAUAAAAUGAGGAGGAAAAGGAGAACUAUGUAUGUCAACUUGAGCUCACUGGAGGAAGGUGGACUAUAAUUGUAAAAAUAAAUAUGUAAAGACUUUUCCUGGCCCCGUGAGAUUGGACCCCUGCUAUUACUAGAUUUCUGCUUCAUUUCUUUUUUUAAUCUGUGUUUUUAUGAUACUGUUUUUAUGUCUGGGUUUUUGUAAGCUGUUUGGGGUUUUUUAAAUAGUAAGCAGUUUAGCAAUGUGUUUUCAAUCAAAAUGUUAUAAUAAAAUAAAGUUUGUAGUGCAGGGAUGCCCACUGUGAGAGAAAGUCACUGUGUCAAGCCCAUCUUUGUUUUAUAUUAGGAAUGGGAGGCCCAGUGGCUUCCAGAUAUUGUUAGACUCCAACUCCCAUCAGCCCCAGCCAUCAUGGCCAAUGGUUGGGGAUGAUGGAACAGGAGAGCUGUGCAGUGGCCUGAGAAAGAAUAGUUAGUGGAAGGGGAUACCCUAGCUGCCAUCCUUGGGACCUCUGGAAAACUCACAAAGGCUGCUAAGCCUUGGGGCUGGAUAUGAGCCAUGCUGCUGAUUGAGUGCUGAAUGAGAUGCAGUCUGAGGAAGCUCUAUCAAGCCCAUAGAUGCAAACCAAGGGUGAGACAUGAGGGUGAGGUCAGCAGGUUCCAGGAACCCUCUUGGUUGUCCAGUUUUGGAGGGGAGUGAUCUGUGAGUUUGUUUGAGCCCUUGGUAAGAGCCAGGGUGGAUGGGUGGAGUCCCAGGUGAGAGCCAGGAGGCUGCGAGGUUUUCAUUGAGGAGAUUGUGCCAGAAGGAAAAGGGAGAGAGAUUAGAUAGAUAGAUAGAUAGAUAGACAGACAGACAGAUGGUUAUACUGUGUAUUUUUGUAACAUUUACUGCUCUAGUUUCCUGUACUAAAGUGGUAUAGAAAUGGUCUAAAUCAGGGGUCAACAAACAUUUUCAGCAGGGGGCCGGUCCCCUGUCCCUCAGACCUUUGGGGGGGGGCUGGAUUAUAUUUGGGGGGGUGAACGAAUUCCUAUGCCCCACAAAUAACCCAGACAUGCAUUUUAAAUAAAAGGACACAUUCUACUCAUGUAAAAACAUGCUGAUUCCUGGACUGUCCACAGGCCGGAUUUAGAAGGUGAUUGGGCCGGAUCCGGCCCCUGGGCCUUAGUUUGCCUACCCAUGGUCUAAAUAAAUAAAAUGAUGGGAGGGUCACAGGUUCUCCAUCCUUGGGUACAGCCAGUAUGGUGUAAUGGUUAGAGCAUUGGACUAAGACCUGGGAGAUCAGAGUUUGAAUCCCCACUCAGCCAUGAAGCUGGCUGGGUCAGUUUCUUGUCUCUCACCUAAGUUACCUCAUAGGACGUGAGGAUAGAAUGGGGAGGGGAGAACCAUGUACAUUACCUUGAAAUCCUUGGAGGAAAAGAUAGCAUAUAGAUGUAAGAAAUAAAUGAAUAAAUGUUCAGGCCAUAUUCCUAGAGUAGCACUGGGGGAGUGCUCCUUGGCCCCCUGGCACUUGUGCUAUGGAGUUUUGCAGGGAACUGUCCUCUCCCAAGUGCUGUUUAGCAUCUAUAUGAAGCUGUCACAGGUGAUCAUUUGGGGUUCUGGAGCAAGGUGUCACCAGUGCACUGAUGGCAUGCAGCAAGCACUACUUCACCAUAACAUUGGAAUCGGGAGAGACAAUGAAAGUUCUGAAUUAGUUUCUGAACGUAGUGGUGGAACAAAUGAGGGCCAAUAAACUGCUUGAAUCCUGGGAAGAUAGGGUGGGUGGUUCCCACAUUCAGGAGAUAGGCAGGUUACCUGUUCUGGAUGGAGUUGCACUCCUUAUGAUGGAGAAAGUGCAUAGCUUGAGGGUACUCCUGGAUACAUCUUUAUCACUUGAGGUCAAGGUGUCCUCUGUGGCUAGGAGUGCUUCAUCAGGUUCACCAGCUGUUGCAGUUCCUGGACAGGGAUAGCCUACAGCCCAUGUGUUGGUAACUUUGAGGCUGGAUUACUGCAGUGUACUGGGGAGGGGGGCUGCCCUUGGGUCUGGUUUGGAAGCUCCAGCUCUGGUGCAGAAUGUGCUGGCCAGGUGGGGCAUCUAGAUGACAACAUGCGACUCUGUUGCUACAGCAUCUUCACUGGCUGCCCAUCUACUACCAAUCCAGGUUCAAGGUCCUACGACAGCCCUGGCAUUGCCUGCUCAUCCGUCUUUCUUUCUGGCCUCCCUUUCCAGGUGAAAAGCCCUACGCCUGUUCGCACUGCAGCCGAGCCUUUGCCGACCGCUCCAACCUCCGCGCCCACCUGCAGACCCAUUCCGACAUCAAGAAAUACCAAUGCCACACCUGCCUGAAGACCUUCUCCCGGAUGUCCCUGCUCCUGAGGCAUGAGGAGACAGCCUGCUGCCCUGCUGCAACCUGAGAGCCAUGCUGAGCUUGGCUGGCUACCUGGAAAACGUAACCUGAGACCACUUGUGGAGGUUAGGAGGAGAGCCCCAGACGACUGAAGAUCUGUAGCAGUGGAGCCUGGAGUCGCGUCCUGCAGCAGAAGUUGGGUGUGUUUUCUUCUUCUUCUGAUUCAGAUUCUGCAAGUGGGUGGUACCCACCACUCCAAAGAGUGUGUGGCUUGACCUCUUGGUUGCAGCAAGAUCUAGGUGCAUCUAAGUUUAGGAAACAGAAAGUUAUAUGGCCCCAUUACUCUUGUGUGUUUUGAAAAAACAGCAAAGGGGCCUCCAUAUUAGGCUGGCGUUAAAUCCUCUGGAGUCCUUCUGCAAAUGUGUCUCCUCCUAUUGUGCUGUUGUUUAUCCAUCCAAAUGGUGUCAUUUGCAUGCUGGUGGUGCAUCCCCUUAGCUGCUAGCCUGCUUGGUCACUAGGGAGUUGAGGAGGCCUCUUCAUUUCUGCAUUGCUCUCUGGGAUGGUGUCAGGAGGAAACCCAGGACAAAAGAUCCUCUGCCUGAGUCCACCUUUGGGUCUUUUGCAUGAAUUUUAAGCUCCCCAUUCUUGGAUGACUGUUAUUGGGGUGUCCUGUAUUCUUCCAGCUCCCCAUCGCAGUUGCUUUGCGAUCAUGGAUGUGGGACCUUCCCGUUUCCAGAAGCUUGCCUUCUGGUCUCCCAAAUUUCCAAAAGAGAGCAGGGAAUGAUUCCAGACUGGGCCUCCCUAGCUGCAAUGGCCAAAUAGCGAUGGCUUCUCAAGCGCCUGUGGUGGGAGAUCUGCUGCAACUCCUUCUCAUCUGAUCCAAGGUCUGUUUCCAGGGACAUCAUACCAAUCAGUGUUUCCUGGGAGUAUGGAGGCCUGGAGUGACCUUCAGCUGCCGCAAUUUACAGCUCCUCUGCCCAGCUUUCCCUUUUAGGCUUGAGUGGGUUUCCACAAACACUGAAGUUUUUGUAAAGAAUAAUCCACCUGGGCUUGGCAGAUCCAGUAUAUACUUGCUCAACACCACCCAUUUAAAUCUGUUCCCAUGAGGAAAUUUGUUGGUUGUUGUUUUCCAAGCUACUGGGUUGUAUCCAGUAUUGAUCAUACUGGGUAGACUCAUUUAAAUUAAUGGGCAUGACUAUCCUGGAUUUGUUACUUUCAGUGGGUCAGCUCUGAGUAAAACAUGAUUGGCUACACUUGAUUCCUUUUAUCUCUGCAUACCCCAUUCUCUUACUGCUUUCCCUUCAGCUUAAUAACUCCUUAAUGCACUUUAACCUCCUGUUUAAACUGCACAGCUGGAGGCAGUGUUGCUUCUGAAUACCAGUUGAAGGAAACCACAGGACGGGAAGUGCUCACUUGAGCUCAGGUCCUGCUUCCCACAGACAUCUGGUUGGCCACUGUGAGGACAGGAUGCUGACCUAGAUGGGCCACUGGCCUGAUCCAGUGGGCUCUUCUUAUGUUCUGCCUGCUGCUGAAGGGGUGAUGCAACAGGAGAGACAGUAGCAAGGGUGUCCCUUUGUCCCUUGUGUUCAUGCGCACAUUACCAAAAGCAAGGCCUGUAUCCCCUGCUCUCAAGGAGGUAGAGCAAAGAAUUCUGGAUUAGCUUCAUAGAGAUUCACCUUCCUUGAACCUUUGGGGUGGGGUUGUGGAGGAGGGGAGCUACAGAACAGUGACUUGGCAUUGCUGAAAGUAAGAAACAAAAAAAUUCUCUGCUGCUGUUUCUCUCUGUUUUGUGUACAUUUUUUGUUAUUCCUUUGGGUUUGGAGAGCGCCUCAUGACCCCCCCCCCCCACCUCCCCAAGAAGCCCAAUAAAACUAUUCCAAAUGAUUUCAGUGACACCAUU